GACGGGGCGGGGUGAAAGCCGUCAGCCGACGCAGGACGGAAGAGCGGCCGGCUGUGCCUGCCGCCCUCGGUGCCGGCGGUCCGUCCCCCAGGCGCGGGUGCGAAGAGGACGAGCAGGCGUGUGGGCCCGGGCCCGGGGCUGCUCCUCCCGCCCGGUCUGUGGGCAGCCCGGGCUUCGUUUUUCCCAGGAUGACUGCCCACGUGCCUUCUGAUGCGCUGGGUCGAAGGGUCUUGUGCGGCACGGAGUACGCAACUGUGCACUAUGUUGGCGGCGUUCCUCCUACAGCAGGAAUUUGGCUUGGCGUGGAAUGGGAUGAUCCUCAGAGAGGAAAGCAUGAUGGUACUUAUGAAGGAACACAGUAUUUUAAGUGCAGGCAUCCUAGAGGAGGAUCGUUUAUCCGGCCAAACAAGGCAAAUUUUGGAGUAGAUUUUCUUACUGCAGUAAAGGAUCGGUACGGAUUGAAUGAUCAAGGUGAUCAAUAUGGAACAGAGAAUACAUUAGUAUUUGGAAAGAAGACUGUGGAAUUUGUUGGCAUGGAUUCUGUUGCAGAACAACAAAGCCAACUGAACCAACUGGUAGAUAUCUCAGUUCGUGAGUGUGCAGUGAGCCAUGCUGGUCAGAAAGAGGAAAUCAGCAGAACAUGUCCUAAUAUCAGGCAUAUAAAUCUAUCAAAAAAUCUGAUAUCAUCUUGGGAGACAGUAACAGCUAUUGCUUCUCAAGUUCAAAAUCUGGAAACACUUAAUCUCAGUGAAAACAAAAUGAAAUUUCCAUCUACAUCAACUUCUGUAUCCAGUGUAUUUUCAAAAUUGAGGAUUCUGGCACUUAAUCAAACUCAGAUAACAUGGACAGAGGUUCUUCUUUGUGCUCCAGGAUGGCCAGCACUUGAAGAAUUGUACCUUACUUCUAAUAAUAUUACAGUUUUGGAAAGGCCUGAUAAUGUCCUGCAGACCCUGAAGUUGUUGGACCUUUCAGACAACCAGUUACUGGAUGGAAAUCAGCUGCAUCUAAUAGCACAUCUCCCCAGAUUAGAACAGCUAAUACUUAGAAACACUGGAAUAUCUUCUAUACACUUUCCUGAUGCUGGAUUUGGAUGCAAGACUAAAAUGUUUCCUUCACUAAAACGCCUUGCAAUAAAUGACAAUAAAAUAUCACAGUGGUCAUCUAUCAAUGAGCUUGAUAAACUGUCGAGUUUGCAGUCACUGCAGUGUCACAAUAACCCUUUCAUGGACACAGAGAAGAACCCAGAGACCCUGAGACAGCUAAUUAUUGCCAAGAUAAGUCAACUGGAGGUUUUGAACAAGUCUGAGAUCCUUCCUGCUGAAAGAAAAGGAGCAGAGCUUGAUUAUCGCAAAAUAUUUGGAAAUGACUGGCUAGCAGCUGGUGGGAAUUGGAACCCAGAGAAAAACAAACCAAGUGAAGAAUUUCUUGCUGCCCAUCCCAGAUACUCAUUGCUUUGUCUUAAGUAUGGUGCACCUGAAGAAGGAGAACUGAAGGGACAACAGCCUUUGACUCUGAAAAAUCAGCUUCUGACUUUGACAAUUAAGUGUCCUGAGAAACCUGAACAGAAACCAGUAGAGAAAAAGCUACCAGAGUCUAUGACUAUUCAGCGGGUCAAAGGAUUGCUGUAUCGCCUACUUAAAAUUCCUGGUUCAGAACUGAAACUGUCCUACGAAAGUUCUAAACUGGAAGGAAAAGAAGUUGAACUAGACAAUGACUUAAAGCCUUUGCAGUUUUACUCAAUAGAAAAUGGAGACUGUGUGUUAGUACGGUGGUAAGAAGGGACUCUCUUGACAGACUGAAGGAAAAGCCAGCACCGGAACUGCAGAAGAGUUACAGACUGCCCGCAGACAGUAUGGACAGCCUGUGCCUGAGCUCACGUAUGGGAAAAUGUGAAUUUCAUACAUGGCACCAGAGGGCUAUACAAUAAUACUUUCAGCUCCUAAACUUAAUCGUCAGUCUCCAUGAAAGCAUUUGCUUUUGGCUGAAGUGUCUUACUUGAGAGAUACCAAAUAGUGCUUAAACGCUUCAUUUAAAUAAAACUCAAGGUAACCCUUU